UUCUGCCUUUGACACAAAAACUGGGUUGCGUGUGGCUGUAAAGAAGCUGUCCCGACCAUUUCAGUCUAUCAUCCAUGCCAAAAGGACCUACCGAGAGCUUCGGCUACUCAAGCACAUGAAACACGAAAAUGUGAUUGGUUUGUUGGAUGUGUUCACCCCUGCCAAGUCCCUAGAAGAAUUCAAUGAUGUGUACUUGGUGACACACCUUAUGGGAGCAGAUCUGAACAACAUUGUGAAAUGCCAGAAACUCACUGAUGAUCAUGUGCAGUUCCUCAUUUACCAGAUUCUUCGGGGACUUAAGUACAUCCAUUCAGCUGACAUAAUACACAGGGAUUUAAAACCUAGUAACCUAGCUGUAAAUGAAGACUGUGAGCUGAAGAUCCUGGAUUUUGGCUUGGCCCGCCACACGGAUGAUGAGAUGACCGGGUAUGUGGCUACCCGAUGGUACCGGGCUCCUGAGAUCAUGCUGAACUGGAUGCAUUACAACCAGACAGUUGAUAUUUGGUCAGUGGGAUGCAUUAUGGCUGAACUCUUGACUGGAAGAACGUUGUUCCCUGGUACAGACCAUAUUAACCAGCUUCAGCAGAUCAUGCGUCUGACGGGAACACCCCCUGCAUAUCUCAUUAACAGGAUGCCCAGCCACGAGGCGAGAAACUACAUUCAGUCUUUGUCUUAUAUGCCGAAAAUGAACUUUGAAAAUGUGUUUAUUGGUGCCAAUCCACUAGCUGUCGACUUGCUAGAGAAGAUGUUGGUACUGGAUACAGACAAACGGAUUACUGCAGCAGAAGCGCUGGCUCAUGCCUACUUCGCUCAGUAUCACGACCCAGACGAUGAACCAGUGGCAGAUCCCUAUGACCAGUCUUUUGAAAGCAGAGAACUUGAGAUUGAAGAAUGGAAAAGCCUGACUUACGAUGAAGUAAUCAGCUUUGUGCCACCACCGCUUGACCAAGAGGAGAUGGAGUCCUGAGAAACUGCUCUCUCCUGUUUGUCCCACUUCACUGUGAGGGGAAGGCCUUUUCAUAGGGACUCUCCAAUUAUCGUUCAAGUGCCUCGUCACAACAAUAUUCUCCUUGGUGGAAGGGUUUUGUGUGUGUUGAACUGGGGAGGGUGGGGGGAGGGAAGAAAGCUGAGUCUAUGUAAACAUGCUGCAUGCUCGCUUGUAUUCUGUGUCCAGCCUGGGGCAAGCUCUCAGACCCAUUCCGACUGCUCCUUAGUCCUUCCAGAGUAACAGUGCUUGACCAGCUGGCACUGCUGGGGCAAGGUGGGGAACUUGACAUUUAAAGUUUGGUUACAAUCGUUGCCAUUUAUCAAUUCUUCUACAAUUAAGUAACCUCAAAAAGAAUGGCAGUUGUUUUGUAGGCUUAGAGAGUCCUCUGUUUUCUUUGGGACUGAAGGUGGGUUUGAGGGAUGUCCUUGCUCAGUGCCA